ACACCACGGUCAUUCGUCUUCCGCUUGUUGGAUAAACGCAGCUACAAAAACAUGAGCGCGUCUGUUGUGGUCCGAAGGUUAGCGGCUCUGUCCGGGGCCUCUGCGGUGGCAGCUGGGGCGUACGGAGCUCACGGCUUCAAAAACAGCGACCCCGACGACUACCAGAGAGUGCUAUUUGAAACUGCCAACAAGUACCAUUUUUACCACAGCCUGGCCCUGCUGGGAGCUGCCCACUCUGGCAAACCUGCUGUGGCCGGCACCAUCCUGAUCGCGGGCAUGGGGAUGUUCUGUGGCUCUUUGUACCACCAGGCUCUGACGGGGGACCCCGGCCUCCGCAAAGUGGCUCCCAUGGGGGGCGUCGCUAUGAUCGUCGGCUGGCUGGCCAUGAUUCUCUGAACUGUGACAGCUCACAUCUUCUCCACGGGGCUCGCUACGUGACACUAAACUGUCAGACUGCUAAUGGAUGAACUGGAGAGCUUGUAAGAGUUUUGGCUGAGGGGCAGCGCUGAGUUAUAAUGUCACCCAUCCAACCGCCGCCUGCAUCGGGUUGUGGGUGUCACCAGGAGAUAAGGUCACAACAGGAUUAUCACUUUUCUACCAUUGCUGUCUGUUUCUGACUGGUGCCCUUUGACUAAUAAGUUAAACUGGAGAAGAAGGUGAAUGCAGCGUUGAUUGCUUUAAGAAGUUGUUGUGUUAUUUUUAGUGGCAUGUCGCGCUGGGAAAUAAAAUCACUAAUAAGCUAAUAGAAAGCACCAGUGUAGUAAUCAAGUACAGACUCAUCAGCAUUUCAUUUUUACUGUGUUUUCCUCUCCUGCACUAAAUACAGUUCUUACAUUUCUGUAUAUUUACACUGCGCAGGUGACCAAAUACAGUAAAGAUAAAAAAAAAUAAAUGUGAAGGAUUGAAAUUGAAAUAAAUAUUUUUAUUAAGCCAA